AAAGAGAUUUAUAAGCCUGUUUCUUCUCCCUUCGAUCCUCACUCAAAGAGAGAGAGAGGGGUCCGGAUUAAUUCACCUCCUCUCCAAAAAUACAUAAAAAUGGACUAAAAUUUAUGGCUUUCUCUUCUUCUUCUUCAACCUCAACUUGUUUGUUGUUACAGUGAGGGGGCAGAGAGAGAGAGAGAGAGAGAGAGAGAGAAGGAAGAAGCCCAAGUGAGAAUUUGUGAAGUGCCCAUCAUCAGCUCUAAUGGCCAAGGACUACAAUGGAUCUCCCAAGGUUCACCAAUUUGAAUCGAGAAACAAGAAGAUCACUCGAAUCUUGAUCAUAGCCGGUCUUUGUUCGUUUUUCUACAUACUUGGUUCUUGGCAAAACAAAACCUCGCCCCUCAAAUCCAUUCAAACUACAUCCAAGAGUCCUGCGUGUGACAUCUCAUCAUCAUCAUCAUCUUCCAAUUCCCAUAAACCCUCUUCUAACAAACUAGAUUUCCAAGCUCACCAUCAAGUGGGCAUCAAUGAAACCUCAUUAACUGCUGAAAACUUCCCUCCUUGCGACUUAAAAUACAGUGAAUACACCCCUUGCCAAGAUCCUAGGAGAGCGAAGAAGUUUGAGAAGAAAAUGCUUAAGUUUAGAGAGAGGCAUUGCCCGAAGAAGGAAGAGAUAUUGAAAUGCCUAAUUCCGGCUCCACCAAAGUAUAAGAAUCCUUUCAAGUGGCCACAAAGUCGAGAUUAUGCUUGGUAUGACAACAUCCCACAUCGAGAGUUGAGUAUUGAGAAGGCUGUGCAGAAUUGGAUACAGGUUGAGGGUGAUAGAUUUAGGUUUCCUGGAGGUGGUACAAUGUUUCCAAGGGGUGCUGAUGCUUAUAUCGAUGAUAUUGACGCACUUAUUCCAUUAACCAAAGGGAAUAUUAGGACUGCAAUUGAUACUGGAUGUGGAGUUGCCAGCUGGGGAGCUUUUCUUCUGAAGAGGGAUAUCAUAACAAUGUCAUUUGCUCCUAGAGAUACCCAUGAAGCACAAGUACAGUUUGCACUUGAGAGAGGAGUUCCGGCUAUGAUAGGUAUUUUGUCAUCACAAAGGAUGCCAUAUCCUGCAAGAGCUUUCGAUAUGGCUCACUGUUCUCGCUGCUUGAUUCCUUGGUACGAUUAUGAUGGUUUGUAUCUAAUUGAAGUAGACAGGGUUCUAAGGCCAGGAGGCUACUGGAUACUUUCGGGUCCUCCAAUCCAUUGGAAGAAGCACCAUCGAGGAUGGGAGAGAACCGAAGAAGAUCUCAAACACGAGCAAGACUCGAUUGAGGAUGUUGCAAAGAGACUAUGCUGGAAAAAGGUCAUCGAGAAAGGUGAUCUUGCAAUUUGGCAGAAGCCCAUGAAUCAUAUCGAGUGCAUUGAAAGCCGGAAGGUUUAUGAAAAGCCUCACAUAUGCAAGGGUGACAACCCAGAUGCUGCCUGGUACAAGAACAUGGAGACAUGCAUCACUCCAUUGCCGGAAGUGAGCAACUCUGAAGAAGUAGCUGGGGGCAAUUUAGAGAAAUGGCCAGCAAGAGCCUUCGCUGUUCCCCCGAGAAUAAGUAGGGGCACAAUCCCUGGUGUCACUGCUGAGAAAUUUCAAGAAGACAACCAACUUUGGGAAGAAAGAAUGGCUCAUUAUAAGAAAAUAAUCCCACCCUUGACUGGGGGGCGAUAUCGGAAUGUGAUGGACAUGAAUGCCAAAUUGGGAGGAUUUGCAGCUGCAAUGACAAAAUAUCCGGUCUGGGUUAUGAAUGUGGUUCCAUCUGAAUCGGAGAGAGAUACACUAGGAGUUAUAUAUGAAAGGGGUUUUAUUGGCACGUAUCAAGAUUGGUGUGAAGCUUUUUCGACGUAUCCGAGGACUUAUGAUUUGAUGCAUGCCGAUGGUUUGUUUAGCAUCUAUCAAGACAGGUGCGACAUAACACACAUACUCUUGGAGAUGGAUCGGAUACUAAGACCCGAAGGCACAGUGAUCUUCAGAGACACAGUAGAGGUCCUGGUUAAAGUUAAGGGGAUAACAGAUGGGAUGAGAUGGAAGAGCCAGAUCAUGGACCAUGAGAGUGGACCCUUCAACCCUGAGAAAAUCCUUGUUGCUGUCAAAACUUAUUGGACCGCUGAACCCUCUCAAAGCCAGUAACCGAACCAGAAAGAAUGAGAAUUAGUGUUGAAAUGAACUUGUCUUGUUUUCUUCUAGGCUAUUCUUUUGAAUUUAGUUGAUAAAUUGAUAGUGGUUGGUGCACAAUGAAGGGGUCUUGGAUUUUCACUUAUCCUCACUGCAAAUUAGUGUGGAGAUUAGUUGGUGUUAUAAUAGUUGUUAAAUACUUUUAUAUGAGGAGUUGAUCAUUUGAAGCUGUAAUAUAGCUUGUAAUUUAUUUUUCUAUAUUUCAUCAUGCUCUUUUGUGUUAAGUCGAA